AAUGCGUGCCCGAAGCGGAGAUAUGGAUUGGGCCAUCCACAAUGGCAGGUGCUGUCCUCUACAGGCAAUUACGCUGCUUCUUCCUCUUCUGGAAUUAGACAUGGGAACUGGGAACCGAUCCGCGUCUCGGAAAGCGAGGAGAACUCUGCUUGUCGGGAUGGAGAGUUCUCCAGUCACGCUGAAGAGCCAAUUAAUCUGGAGUGCAUG